GUGGGUCUCUUUCCCCUCAGCUGCACAUUUCGCCGGGAAGUGAACACAGGAGCGGAGAGUCCUGAAGCCCUUUCCUCCCGUCCCGUGUUCUUUUCCACUGUGGGGAGGUCAGCCGUCGAGUGGCGCGCAGCCUGCCGCGUUGAGCUCCCUGUGGUGCGGAGACAGAGGGAAAUCCACCUGCCGGAGAGCGGACACACCUCGAGAUGGAUGCCCUGAAAUCUGCCGGCAGAGCGAUCAUUAAGAGCCCCGGCGUCCCGCGACACACCUGGGGAGCUUCAAAGCAUGAAAAGUUGCCAGAAAACUGGACAGACACAAAGGAGACUCUGCUGGAAGGGAUGGUGUUCAAUGUGAAGUACCUUGGUAUGACUCUCGUGGGACAACCUAAAGGAGCGGAAAUGGCUUCAGCUGCUAUUCGAAGAAUUGUUGCAACGGCCAGAGCCAGUGCCAAGAAGUUUCGGAAAGUUACCCUGACAGUUUCUCCAAAGGGCAUUAUCAUCACAGACACAGAGACUGCAGAUCUAGUAGAAAAUGUCUCUAUAUACAGAAUCUCAUACUGCACCGCAGAUAAAGCUCAGGACAAGGUCUUCGCUUACGUUUCCCAAAGCCAGUUCAAUGAGACUCUUGAGUGUCAUGCAUUCCUCUGCCAAAAAAGAAAAAUUGCUCAGGCUGUGACCUUAACAGUAGCUCAGGCAUUUAAAGUAGCAUUAGAUCUUUGGGAAAUUGCUCAGGAAGAGAAGAACAAGAAGGCCAAGAGCUGCUGCUCCUGUGGAGCCAAUGAUGGACAGAUGGUAACAACAGAGAUGCAGUGUGUUCCGGCAGCCUCCCAUUCACACCUGCAGUCCCCAUCACAUUCAUCAGUGCAUAAGCCCACCGUGAUGGAGGAAAAGCCCCGGAGGCCCUUCUUCUCCACUUCUCUUAGCUCGCCAUCGCCUCGCAGUAACCCCACCAGGAGACGUCAGAUUAAACAUGACUCAUGGGAUGUGGAGGAUGGAUUCGAUGAUGUUUUCUCAAGCAAUAUGGAGGUAGAAGAAGCAGACACCGACUGGCCGAGCCCCACUCCGAACGCGUCUCUGACAAUGCAGCUCUGAGUCCCUGGGAGCUCUCCGCAGAGAAUCUGUUGCCGUUCGGCAACAAUUAUUUUCAAUAGCACCAGCUGGCAAUAUGAACUUAACAGAAAGCACACACUGGUGCCCAAGACAGACAGAAAACAAACAACAUAUUCUACAUCGUCCCAGUCAGGGGCACAGUGAUAUUUUUGUGCAGAGAAGCCAAAAUAAGCUGACAUUAUAAAGGAUCUUCAUCUUGCAGUCUGAUUGUUAUAAGCAGUACAUCAUUACUUACAUUGAGAUUCUUACAAACUACCUAGUGAAAUGCGACUUAAACAGUGAACAGUACAGAAAUGUAAGUCAAGAAAGAACAAAAUAUCUACACUAUGAAAUUCUUAUCACAGUAAACGCUGCCUAAAAAGUCCAUUUAUCACAGUCCAGAAAUGUGUUUAACUGACUUGCUGUAGAAAUGGGAAAGCCCUUUAAUCUUUUUUUGGCAGCCAACUUCUCUGAAAGGAAUCCAAUGUUUGAAUCAUUAGAUGCUGGCCUAAUACUGAAUAAAUUACACUGUACAAGUGCCAAAUAGAUCAUAUUUGUUUCUCACCAUGUCAGAUUCAAACCAUCCAUUGUUACUGUUCUGACUACAUCAACGAAUUGCAUCAAGUCUUAAAUGGAAGGUUAAAUAAAUGACAAAUCAACCAGGAAGCUGGGAGCAAGUCAAACAUUUUGGCAACUAUGUCUUAAAGACAACUUGGGACUUUCUUGCAGAGCCAACAACAGUCAAGAAAGAGAAAAUAUUUUGUUGAGUGGACUAUAAAGAAAGAUAUUGUGGAUGUCUGAGGUCAGAGGAGAAUUGGCAGACUGAUUUGAGGUGAUAGAAAGGAAAACAGUAGCUUAAUUGUCAUCACCAAAGUGUGUGGUUUUGUUGGAAUACAUCUGAAUGAAGUAUUCAACAUGGAUUCAGAUGUGUCCCAUUAGAGCAGGUGGGACACAACAUGGAAAACCAGGAGUUCACUCCUGCUGUAAAGGCUCACCGAAACGAGAUGACAGUGUUGAUUUGAGGUUUGAUGAUCAGAUGGUCGGGUCAGAAUUUGCAUGGUUCCAUCUUGUCUUGUUUUUGGCUUUUGGCAAUGGUAUGGGGGGUUAUGUUUGUGCCACACUUUUAACCCUUCAGGACCUAAUGACUUUUGAUUUAAAAGUUCCAGUAUUGUUGAUCAUCAUUACUUUAUGACUACAGUUUAUCCAUCCUUUAGUGGUUAUUUUAAGCAGGGAAAUGCAACUACAGAACUUAAAAAUGCCCAUUAAGUUAAUGUAUUCCAAUUGCCUCCAUUGUCACCAAAUCAUAAAGAUGGGUAUUAGAAAAUUGACAUUAUGGGUGAUCAUUAGAUAAAAUUUCCUAGUAAUAAAGACAACUGGGACUGUGCUAAAAUAUGAUCUUUAAACAAAAAGGAAAUAGAAAUGUGUCUCAUGAAUUAUUAUGAUCUUCAAAAUAAACUUUAAUUUAUUUGUCAAGCAGAGAAGCGUUUUCCUCCAAAACAGUUUCAGUGCUAAAAACCAGACAUGGUAUAAAAAGAAAAGUGAGAUCCAAAUUUGUUCUUCCACAGUCAGAGAGCCACCGCUGAGCCAUGUCAUUAUGUUGUUUAAGAUAUUUCUAGCAUUAUAUGUUUUCCCUGAUUCACUUGGUUAUGGUAUUUCUGGACAAGAUUACAGUGCUGGGAAGGAGCUUACCUACACUAGUACUACCACACUGGCAUCCUCAUAUAUUGCAUCUUUUAUGUUGCACAGACUGAUUGGUUAUAGCCUGUGCUCCAAUGUUUUUACUACCUGCAGUGUUGUUUCAGCACAUGAAGAACUUUGGAAAGAGACAUUUGGCUCCAUCUGUCUGGAACAUUUUGCAGCAGAAUCUGUAAUUGUCAAGUUGAACUUUAUUGUUGUGCUUUAAACAUUGUUCAAGUGGUUUCAAAAGCUCUUGAAACUACUUCAAGAGUUUUUGAAACAUGUUUUAAAAACAUGUUUUUAAAAUGUUCUCUCAGAAACAUUGCUUUUAAACUUACUGCCCUUGGAUCAGCUGAUUAAGUGUUAUAUUGCUUUAAACUGCCUGUUUUUUUUUUGAAAGUCAUUUAAAAAUUUGUAUUCUAUAACCUUUGAAUAUUUUUUUCCAACUAAUUUAAUUUAUCAUUCUAUUUCAUAACAGCUUAACUAGGACUGUUUUGAGAGUGAAACCUCAUCUCUCAAUGGGACUUACUUCUAUAAAAAAAGAAUAUAAAUAAAUAAAUUCUCUACACAAAUAAGCUUAUUUGUCUUGUUAACUCCAAAUUUCACAAGAUUAAAUUAUAAAUAUGUUGUCCUGACUAAAAUUCCCAACUUCUAUGUUUCAAGCAUAAUUAAUUUUCAGUAGUUUUAACAUAUUUAACAUACAUAAUUAAUGAAUUGUCUUAAAAGACCAAAUUAAAUACUUGACAUGUUACUCUGGUGCUCAUCAAAAUUUAAAAGUUUAAGUCACAUGUUUUGCCUCAGGACUUUAUUAUCAAUAAAAUCAGUGCAGGAACAAAAGGAACUGGUGUGAAGCACGAACUUGCUUCGAUUCAGCACUCAAACUGGUUUGGAAGAAACACAGUUUCUAGUUGUGAUACAGUGUAUUUACACCUCGGCAUUCACUGAUUGAAGGACUGAUUGACAUGUUAGCAUCUGAGCAAAACCACAAAGGCUUUGAAUAAAAAAAACACAUACAAAUAUGGUGUGUGAAAUUGAGUCUUAAAAGUAAUCACAAAAUCAGGCUUAUGAAAAACAUUAAAGCAAUCCACUUACAUUUAUUUAUAAAUAUGUAUAUUUAAUUUUUAUGAUGUCUUAAGGUGUCCAACUUGUUUCGAUUUAUAUUAACAGAGACCUUGGUCUUGAUUAAAUCCAGCAGAAGCUUCUCUCUGACAGGAACAGGUUGACCUUACAGCAGCAUUACUUUCAGCUGUUUCACUGGUGUGUAUUUAAUCCCUCACAUUUAUCAUAAUCUCAUUUAUUCAGCCGUCACUGUACAUAAAGAUGGAUGUCAGUUUUAAAGAAAAGUAAUCAUGCCGGAGUAUGAUAACUGUAAUUCCACCUCCUGUGUCUUUGAGUAAAUGUUGUAUUUUUCAUUGUGGUGAGCAUAUUGUAUUACUGUAAAUGAUGUAGAAGCAGGCCUUUAUGCAAGUUUUUCUUUUAAGCUAUUUAUCAUUCCUGAGAUGUAAAUGUGUGGUUUGUACAGAUUUUAACGUGUGAUACUUUUACAGCUGCAGGAAACAGCUUUUACUCAGUCACAUGCACGUCAGUAGUCACAGGUUAAACUGCUGUAUGCCUUUUCAAACCUUCGUCUGUAACUCCAGAAAACACACUUUAUCCCAAGGAUCUGCCCUUAACAGUGGAAACGAAUUGCCCAAAAUCUCAUUACAGGUUUAGACCGAGCACUUUAUUUUUAUUCAUUUCUUAGAUGGCACUCAUUGUAAGAAGGGCAUUUUUUUGUCCCCGAGUGUGACUGAAGAGGUCUCUUCUCUCUGUAUUCAUGGCACCCUGGCUGAGAAUAAUUGUGACGCAGGGGGGGUUUCUUGUGUUGUUGUCAUGACACCCGCUGCAGAAUAAUUGGAUGGCUUAUCAGGUUACGCCAUGGAGCUUAAUUGCAUUGUUAUAUUCCUGACUGACAGAAAUAUGAGCUUGACUGCCUCUCGAAAGAAAACCGUGUAUUUCAGAUAUUGACGAUGGCAUCCUGAGUGUCGGUAGAUGAUUUUUCAACUGUGAAGUUCAAGAACACACAAUGUCAAAAUGUACAAUUUUAUGUAUUUAUUUCUUGCUCAGACACCUGCCAGUGUUUUCUAUAUUUGGUCACUAUUGGGUAGUCACUGGACUGAUGUCUUGCUGUGCAAGAAUUUAUUGGUAUCAAAAGACCAGAUGAUCUCAAAAGUGUACACACUUGUUUAAAAUGCAUAGUUUAGCGAUGCAAAAUAUGAAAUUAAGAUGAAUAAUUUAAACACCAAAUACUUUUAAUGACAACUUUUGAGAGCAAAAUAUGAGACAGUGAGUCAGAACUAAGAUCCAGCAAAGUAACGCAACACAUUCUGUGUCCUUGUUCAACAGAAUAAGAACACAUAAUAUUCUGAUUCUGAGUCGGUCUCAUUUUCAACCACUCAGUCCCUUUUCAAUUGAGUUUGAGAGGAAAAUAACAUUUUGAUAUAACCAAAUUUUGUAACACAACCAAUAUUAGAUACUUUAGCAGGAACAUUUAGAAAUAAAUAAGCUAUUGAAUGGAUGAUGGAUCUGUACUAAUCUAAUAAAGUGAAUUUCACAUUGCCAGUGAAGUUCAUACAACAUCAACAUAGGCAGACUUGCAGCAUAGCUUGAAUGCAACCGGUCCUUCGGCGCAGCUCUGUUUCAUGUGUAGGAGGAGGUAAAGGGUCUGGGGGACUUUGAGGUAUAUAACACUCCAAACUGAAUCAGGAGUGCCCCGAAUACAAAUCAACCCAUGAGGAUUUGAGUCCAGGAGACAUUUGAAGGUUGUAAUAAUAAAACCUGUUUUCUUUCGUUUGAGCUAAGAUUUUAUUUCCCCGAAUAAGUUUACAGGAUUGUUUUAUUUAAAAUAAUAAUAAUAAUAAUAAAAACAACAAAAAAGGUGCUUACCCAUUUUCAAUCUAUGCAACUAGAGUCGUUUUAAACAAGGUUGUGAUGUUACAAUAAAAGCAGUUUGUGUAUAGACUGCACAAUUAUUGUGUAAUCUGUGUAAAACGUGUACAGAAUUUGGGAACCUAUGCUUUGCUACAUAUUUAUUCACAGUAAAGAACUUUGUACAAAUAUUCUAUUGUUUCCAAGUUUUUUAAAAUAAGAAAAAAUAGAUGUAUUAGAAAAGGACAUGUUUAUGCUUUAUUCUUCAGUACUGUAUGUCUGGUAGUCAUAAAAAAAGAAAUAGACUAAUUUUUUUAGCCCUGAGCUGCUGAAUGUGCAGACAAACAAGUCAAUAUCAAAUGUUUAACUGGAAAUGUUUAUUUUUUUUCCCUCCCAAUAGUCUGGGCAAAAAUGUCAAUUCAGACCUGCACUUCAGCCCAUGUUGUUUUGCUCUCAAAUAUUUUUAGAGCUCUGUGUGGGCAAUCAAAAGCGAGGACGUGUCGCUGAUUGGCUUUCCGACUGAAAGUCAAAUCGAUAAGACUUUUCAUUCAGCUCUCUGCUGAAUCAAAUAUUAGAUAACACAUAGCAGGUGCAUGCAUUAGUUCACAGAGAAUCUAUUUUUGGUCAGCAAAAAAAAAAAAAAAAAAUACUCCUAUUGGCUUUGGUCGCAUAUAAACGGAAUAUCUUUAUAUUUGUACUUUUUUAUUACUGUAAUAAAAGUUUAUCUUUGCUGUCAUAGAUUCCGUCCAGUGAUGGCUACUUAUAGCGCCAGCAGCAUAAAGUGGCUCUUCAGCCUGGCAAAGCAAUAUUGCUGAGGUAAAAUUCCCCCCUUAAAUAUUUAGCAAAAUCCCUUUUUAUUUGAGGCGAU